AUGGCAGAGGUGUACUUCGUGGGUUUGAUCGACUUCCUCAUCCACUUCGGCCUCAAGAAGCAAGCGGAGCACCUGCUGCGUGCCGCCCAGGGCCAUGGGGACGACACCAGCUGCGUAGAUCCCACCGACUAUGCGGCGCGCCAGGCCAAGUUUUUGCGCUCCAGCGUCUUCCGUGCACCUGUGGCCUUGGAGGACGACUGGGGCACGGCAGGGCGUUUGCGCGUGGAGGUGCUUGGGGCGAGGAAUUUGCGGAACGCGGACGUGGUGGGGGCCUCGGACCCCUACGUGCGGGUGAGCGUGGGGCUCCAGCGGGCGCAGACGCCAGCAAUCCAGGAUGAGCUGAACCCAACGUGGAACUGUUCCCUGACGUUGCCGCUGAACAAGCAUCACUUCUAUGAUGAGUUGGAGUUUACCGUCUGGGACCUGGACUCCGUGCGGGUGGCCCAGGGCUCGGACGACUACCUGGGGAUUUUGAAGGUGCCCAUGGCCAAAGUCUGGCACGGGGAUCUGGAGCUGAAGCAGAAGCUGGAGGAGACACCCACCGGGGAGCUCCACGUCAAGGCCCGCCUCGACCGCGACCCCGGCCCCUCAGCGGGCUACGCGCCCGCCGGCUCCGCCGGCUACGCGCCGGCGGCGAAUGCGCCGGCGCGCGCUGGGGCGGCGCGCUGGGAGUUUGCGGUGCGGCACGGCUUCGAAGGCUUUGACCCACGCUGCCAGCAGACCCUGGAGGAGUGCUAUCAGAGAUUUCUGGCAGGCGGCGCCAGCGCGGUGCAGGUCACCUCGGGCCGCGCGCAGGUGACGGUGGACUUCCGCGCCAUGACCCAGUCACGCGGGAGACCUGCGAUGGGCUCAAACUGGGGCCCGCUGGCCACUGGCCACCAGCUCAAGGAUGUCCUUGGGGAGGAGUCCUCCUCCAAUUUGGGGUGCUGCGGGGCGCUGUGCGCCUUCCUGGGCGCGGAGGCCCGGGCGCACCGACAAAUGGUGCCAGUGGCGCUGGCGCAGCUGCUGCUGUUGGCGGACCAACCGCUGCUCCCGGCAAACCUCUCGGCGGUGGCGAAAGACUUUGGCUUCGAUGACCAGCAGCGGGAUGAGCUGCUCGGGGGCGUGGUGGCAGUGGUCUUCUUCACCUCCGGCGCCUUGUCCUCGCUGACGGCGGGGUAUCUGGCGGACCUGGUGAGGCGUACCACGAUGAUUUCCACCUGCACGCUGCUGGGGGCGGCCGGGUCCUUCUCCAAUGCCUGGGUCUCCACCUUCGCGGCGUUGCUGGUGUGCCGCGCGUGUGUGGGCGCUGCCUUUGGCGGCCUCAUCCCGGCGAGCUACGCCAUCAUCGGGGACUUGUACCCGCCAGAGGAGCGUCCGCAUGCUAUCGCGGUGCUGCUGCUGAUCUCAGGCCUGGGCCUCUCGCUGGGCCAGGCCCUGGCCAACUGCGGCUGGCGCUUCGCCUUUGGCCUCGUGGGCUCCCUGGGCCUCUGCCUGGGCCUGGCGCUGCUGCUGCUGAUGCAGGCUCCUGGAGAGAACGUUGCGCAAUGGUUAGCUCUCACUGAGCUGUGA